AUGUCACUGGAUAGACGCGGUGAGAUUGCUACGCCGUCGAACCGUUAUGAUCUUACACUGGGUUCCGAUAAAUCGUCUUCUUUAUCGCGCUCUGAGGCGGGUACAUACGACGUCAUUCAGGCAGAAAUCCAACAUGCUAAGCGGCAAGAGCUUGCCACUGGUGUAGCCACUGCGCAUAAUGGACAUAAUGGUAACGGAUUACCUCGGACCAAUAGCCACGACGUUGACACAGAGGUUAAGAAACGUAAAUGGCCCACAGAGCCAAGCUAUUUUCUGGCCAAGGAGUUACUGAUGACGGAGCGCACGUACAAGAAGGAUCUGGAGGUACUAAAUUGUUCGUUCAGGCAAGUGCUGAGCUUGGAUGAUGUGGAGCAAUUACAGCCAUUGUUCGAGCUGCUUGAUUCGCUGUCGCAGCACCACAAUCUCUUUCUGCGAGAUAUCGAGCAUCGCAUGGUGCAGUGGGAGGGACGCGGUAAUCAUGAUUCCCAUCGUAUUGGCGAUGUCAUGAUGAAGCACAUGGGCGCUCUGCCCAUCUACGACGAGUACGUGCAGACCCAUCUGGACAUUUUGCACUGCAUGAAUGAUAUGUACGAGACGGAUAAUCGCUUCCAGCAGCUCUACAAGGAAUUUGAGCAGCAGAAGGUAUGUUAUCUGCCCAUUGGUGAGCUGCUACUGAAGCCAAUGAAUCGUCUGCUGCACUAUCAACUGCUGCUGGAGCGACUUUGCGAUUACUAUGCUGAGGAACAUAUCGAUUAUGCCGACUGCCAGGCUGUCUAUCAUUUGCUUAUACGCAGCACCAAACCGAUUCGCAUCCAACUCCCUGACUCGGCCAACUUUGUGGAACUCUGCGAACUCCAGCGAGAUAUCAAUUUCGAUCAACUCGUGCAGCCUCAUCGCCGUCUUAUACGGCAAGGCUGCCUGCUGAAGCAUUCAAAGCGUGGCUUACAGCAGCGCAUGUUCUUCCUAUUUUCGGAUAUUCUGCUCUACGGUUCCAAGUCACCAUUAGAUCAAAGUUUUCGUAUACUCGGUCAUGUACCAGUGCGUUCGCUACUAACCGAGAAUGCCGAGCACAAUACGUUCUCCAUAUUUGGAGGACAAUGUGCAAUAACGGUGAGUGCUGGCACCACCGCUGAGAAGACCCUCUGGCUAGCCGAACUGUCCAAGGCGGCGGCCGAUAUUAAAAGCAAGGCACCAAAUACGCAGCUGCAGUUCACAACACUUAAAAAUUGCAGCUCGUCGGAAGAGGGACUCGACAUGAUCGGUCUGAGCAAUGGCACAAACAGCCUGAACAGCAGCACUGGAGGAGGCGGUCCAUUGACGCCACAGCAACUUCUUAUGCAGCAGCAGAACAAAACACAGCCCUCUCGCAGCAACACCGCGCUACACGUUUGCUGGCAUCGUGGCGCCACCGUUGGGCUGGGAGAUCAUCUCAUCGCUGCGGAGCAUCAGCUCUCCGGCUAUCUGCUGCGUAAAUUCAAAAACAGCUCUGGAUGGCAGAAACUCUGGGUAGUUUUUACCUCGUUUUGUUUGUACUUCUACAAGAGCUAUCAGGAUGAGUUUGCGCUGGCCAGUCUACCACUACUUGGGUACACGGUCGGACCUCCAGGUCAUCAGGAUGCGGUUCAAAAGGAAUGGCUGGAAGUGCUACGCAGUACUACUCAAACCCAGGACUUCAAAAACAUACAUAGUCAUGCAUCCAGCAAUUAG